AGUCACUUGUCAACCCAUACCUGUCAACAUCUCUAUAAACACCAUCUACUUUGCCAUAGUUCUUCACAGCUUCAAACCAAAGAAACAAAGCAAAGAACUCAACCAAAAUGACCCACAACAUCCCCUCCAUCACUCUCCUCUGCAUGGAAAAGAAAUACAUAAGCGCCCUAGAAUCCGCUCUCCCAAAGCACUGGCGCGCCUACGACUCCAAAGCCCCCAAGCCCAAAAUCACCCUGACAACCCUGCACGAAUCCCUCCGCACCGUCCCCGAAACCACAAAAUUCGACCUCAUCGUCUCCCCCGCAAAUUCCUACGGUCUCCUCGAUGGCGCCUUCGACGACGCCAUCUCGCGCUCCUUCUGCGUGAGGCAUAAAUUGCCGUAUGAAACCCUCACCUAUGCAGUGCAGGACGUGCUGUACGAGAAGCACCGUGGCUUCGCGCCACCUGGAUCGUGUACGCUUGUGCGGUUUCCGGAGAAGAUGUUGGAGAAGGAGCAUAUGAAUGAGUGGGGAUGUCGGUGGAUUGCGAUCUGUCCGACGAUGCGGCUUCCUACGAAUGUGGUUUGGGAUCGGGAGGUGGUUUAUGAGUGUGUGUGGAGUUUGUUGUGUGAGGUUGAGAGGCAUAAUCGCGGGCAGGAGGGGGGUAUGUGUGCAGGGGGGGAGAGAAAGGAGAAGAAUCGGAUUGAGACGGUGCUUAUGACGCCUAUGGCUACGGGGGUUGGGAAGGUUAGUCCGGAGAGAUGGGCAGCGCAGGUGGUGUUGGCUUUGAAGCAUUUUGUGGAUGCGGUUGAGAGGCCGGAGAGGUGGGGGCGGUUGACUUGGAUGGAGUUGGGGACUGAUGCGAUGGAGGUGUCAAACACGUAUUAACUCUUUCGGUGAUUAUAUGUGAUACUUGAUGAAUAGCUUUAUUAUAUUGGGUUUCAACGAAUGGUGGCUAGGUACUGUUGCUAUAACGUAUAGUUCUAUUAUAAUACAUAAAGUUCCAGCAUGAUAAUAACAACAUA